UUUGCUCCGUUUGGAGAUUUGAAUUGAUCAUUCGGUCUUAUUACAAUGUUGUUUAUUAAACCGUCCCUCUCAUGUGUGUGUUACGCAUUGAAAAGGCACUUUUUUGCCACCCCGUAACAUUUAAUGCACAAAAAUGGAGAAUUCUCAUGGGGUUGAAGAUGUGAACGUGACUUUCGAGGACCAGCAGAAGAUCAACAAGUUUGCCAGGAACACCAAUCGCAUGACGGAGCUGAAAAAUGAGAUAGAAUCCAAGAAGAAGUCGCUGCAGAACCUGCAGGACGCCAGCGACGACCUGAUGAUGUUUGACGACGACACGCUACUGAUCCCCUAUCAGAUCGGCGACGUCUUCAUCAGCCACCCGCAGGAGGAGACGCAAGAGAUGCUGGAGGCUGCCAAGGAAGCCUUGGAGCAGGAGGUCAAAGGUCUGGAGGAGCGCGUGUCGGCCAUCCAGCAGCUGCUGUCGGACCUGAAGGUGCAGCUUUACGCCAAGUUCGGUAACAACAUCAACUUGGAGGCGGACGAAAGCUGAGGCGGGCCUGAGAUCUGUCCAGGAAGCCCGACAAGGACUGAAUAUUUGACCAAGUGGAUUUCUACUCCAUGUUCCCUCAAAAGAAAUAAACACGCAAAUGUAUUUCA